AUGGCAGUUGAUGUAAGAGAGAUAUUUAAUGAUUAUAAAAAAGAAAAACAAGUUCCUCCUAAAAGAAACGCAAUGGAAGAGAUGAAAGAAAUAUUCAAGGAUGUAAAGAAACGAGUACGUCGUGAUUCAAUCAUGUCAAUAUCACAAUAUCAAAUGGAUAAAAAUGAAAAAACAAUAAUUAUUAUGUCGAGAGGAAAAUCAAUUCCUAAAUUACCUGUAGAAUGUAUGCGACGUAUAAUCAAACAUGUUGAGAAAAAACGUGACAUUCUUUCUUGUCUUUUGGUAAAUAAAUAUUGGUGUAUCAAUGUGAUCCCAUUACUUUGGGAACGACCAUUUGAUAAUGUGUCAACAGAAAAUCGAUACAAAUUAAUUCGUACAUAUAUCUCUUGUCUUGAAGAAGAGGAAAAGUCUUGCUUAAAUUAUUCAUUAAAAAAGUUCAAAUUAAAAAUUCCUUAUUCAGCAUCGGCGUUAUUUAAAUACGCGUCAUGUUUAGAAAGAUUAUCAUAUACUAGUUUAUAUAUGGCAGUUGAUUCCGGAAUUAAAAAAUAUCUUAAUGAAGAAGUUCUUGGAUACAGUAAACAUCAACAAACAAUUUUAAUAGUUGGCGCCCUCUGUCAAUUAUUUAUGCGUCAAAGUAGAAAUAUUGCUUCUUUUGAAAUAAUCAAAUUCUUUGGUAAAAUGGAUUUACCAAGGAGUUUAGUAUUCUCUAACGCCGAAUGUACUUUAUCAAAUUUAUUAAGAUUUGAAUUUGAAUAUGAAAGGGAGAUGACCAUAAAUACACUUCAACUUUUAAAAUACAUUGCUAAAUAUAGUAAUAACCUAUUAACGUUAGUUUUAAAAUUUCCUUAUUUCGUGGAUAAUAAAAUGGAGAUAGAAAUAAAUGCAAUUGCAAACAUUAUUAAUUCUCAAACCCAAUUAACCGAAUUUAACGUAUUGGGAUUAAGAUAUGGAGUAAAAACAAUUUUAUUAGCUUUAUCAUCACAAGCGAAUUCUUUAAAAUCAAUUAAAUUUAUGAAAUGUGAUUUUAAAGAUGUUGAUUUUCAACUAUUAGCCAAUUGUAAAGAAUUAAAUAAUCUUACCAUACAAUAUUGUGAAGGAUUAACCGAAAAGAAUAUUUCGAAUUUAAAUGAAUUUACUUUAAAAUCUUUUGUCAUUGGAUUUUCACCUAUUGAAUCCUCAUCUCAAAUAUUAUUAAUAUCUUUAAUUGCGGAUAAAUUUUUGAAAGAAUUAACGUUAGAUUUGGUAACACCUGAAACCAUUGAAACAAUUUUAGAACAUUGUCCUAAUUUAGUUAAACUCAAAUUAGCGAAUUAUUUUAUAAGAAGAACCACGAAAAUUGGAGAAUUAUUAAGAGGUUUAAAAUAUUUACGAGAAUUAGAAAUAUUUAUUAGUUCCAAGAAUGCGGAUUAUGAAAAUAUGAUAUUAACAUCGAAUGAUUUACCACCAUCAUUAGAAUGUUUAAUAUUAAAGUGUGGAUUUACCACGGUUCAAUUAGAUAAUUUGUUAUCAAGAUGUGAUUUAAAAACUUUGAUAGUGGAUUAUAGAAAUUUCGAUUAUUCCCAUUUUAGGGUUAUCAUCGAGUAUGCCAAGAGAAAUGAUAAUUUGGAAGUUUUGGGUAUAGGAGGUGGUGGUUCAAAAGAUUCUUUCGCUAAACGAGAAUGGAGAAUCAUAAAAAAAUUACGAAAAGAUUAUCUUGUUCGCAUAAUUCCUUUACGUGAAAUAAGUAGUUGGUAA